UCAGGGUGAGCUCAGGGCUGGCAGAUACCUAGGGGAUGCCAUCAGCAGGGCCCCCUUCAUUAAUCAAGCCCCGCCCUUUGUGGGGCCCAUAUAAGCCCACGGGCCUGCUCCUCCCUAGCUGCCUGGCUUCUCCAUCCUCUUUGCGCAUCUACCUCUACCUCAGGAGCUCCUGUGCCUGCCUUCUUCACCCGUCAUGUCUCGGCAAUCCACCUUCACCUUCCACUCUGGCAGCCGCAGGGGCUUCAGCGCGGCCUCGGCCACCACCCCAGCCGCUGGCCGCCCCCGCUUUAGCUCUGUCUCUGUGGCCCGCUCCUCAGGAAACAGUGGGGGACUGAGCAGGAUCAGCGGUGCUGGUGCGGGCUUCGGGAGCCGCAGCCUCUACAACCUGGGGGGCACCAGGCGGCUCUCUGCCGGUGGAUGCGCUGGCAGUGCCUUCCGGGGUGGCUUUGGUGCCAGGGCUAGUGGCUUUGGGGGCAGCAGUGGCUUUGGUUAUGGGGGAGGCAUUGGAGGGAGCUUCAGUGGCCCUGGCUUCUCCGUCUACCCCCCUGGAGGCAUUCAAGAGGUCACCGUCAACCAGAGCCUCCUGGCUCCCCUCAACCUACAAAUCGACCCCAGCAUCCAGCGGGUACGGAAAGAGGAGCGGGAGCAGAUCAAGACCCUCAACAACAAGUUCGCCUCCUUCAUCGACAAGGUGCGCUUCCUGGAGCAGCAGAACAAGGUCCUGGAGACCAAGUGGGAGCUGCUGCAGGAACAGGGCUCUAGGACCGUCAGACAGAACCUGGAGCCUUUUUUCGACGCGUACGUCAGUGACCUCCGCCGGCAGCUGGACGGCGUCACUGCUGAGCGAGGCAGGCUGGACGCUGAACUGAGGAACAUGCAGGAGGUUGUAGAAGACUUCAAAGUCAGGUAUGAAGAUGAAAUUAACAGGCGCGCGGCUGCGGAGAAUGAGUUUGUGGGCCUGAAGAAGGAUGUGGAUGGCGCCUACAUGAACAAGGUGGAGCUGGAGGCCAAGGUGGACUCUCUGACCGACCAGAUCAACUUCUGCCGGAUGAUCUAUGAGGCAGAGCUGUCUCAGCUGCAGACCCAGGUGAGCGACACCUCUGUGGUCCUGUCCAUGGACAACAACCGCAGCCUGGACCUGGACAGCAUCAUCGCCGAGGUCAAGGCCCAGUACGAGGACAUCGCCAACCGCAGCCGGGCAGAGGCUGAAUCCUGGUACCAGACCAAGUAUGAGGAGCUGCAGGUGACGGCAGGCCGGCACGGGGACGACCUCCGCAACACCAAGCAGGAGAUCUCCGAGAUGAACCGGAUGAUCCAGCGGCUGAGGUCUGAGAUCGAUGCCGUCAAAAAGCAGUGCUCCAGCCUGCAAACUGCUAUCUCUGACGCUGAGCAGCGUGGGGAGCUGGCCCUCAAGGAUGCUCGGGCCAAGCUGGUGGACCUUGAAGACGCCCUGCAGAAAGCCAAGCAGGACAUGGCCCGGCUGCUGCGCGAGUACCAGGAGCUCAUGAACGUCAAGCUGGCUCUGGACGUGGAGAUCGCCACCUACAGGAAGUUGCUGGAGGGCGAGGAGUGCAGGCUGAGUGGAGAGGGAGUUUCCCCAGUGAACAUCUCUGUGGUCACUUCUACCAUUUCCGGUGGCUAUGGCGGGGGCAGCAGCACUGGAGGUGGAAGCCUGGGUCUUGGUGGGAACACUGGCUACUCCUUCACCGCCGGUGGUGGGCACAGCCUGGGCACCGGCCUGGGAGGCUCCGGCUUCACCACCACUAGCAGCCGGGGCCCAGCGGGCAGUGGCUCCAGCAUCAAGUUUGUUUCCACCACGUCAUCCAGCAGGAGGAACUACAGGCACUGAGCGGGCCAGCCGGCAGGCUCCCUGGCCGCUGCCUGAAGCCUCCUUGCACUUGUAACUGGUGCCUGGGCCUCUGUGUAGGAGGCUCCUCUGCUGCCAGGGAUCCUGGCGUCCUGGCUAUACCCAUCCCCCGGCCUAUGGCAGCCUCCCGACAGCCCCCAGGUUGCUCCUAGACACACAGACCCAGAGCCCAUGCCCCUCCAAAGAUCACAGAAGAUGGCUCGCCAGGCCCCUUCAAUGCUGCCUGCCCUUUCCUCCAGAUGCAGAGGUGGAGGAGGCAUUGUUUCCCAGGCCACCUCAACAUCACUCUGCCUUGUCCUUCUCUGGCCGCUUAUAAACUGCCGCUGGAGUCAGUGCCCCUUCGUGUCCUCCUGGAAUGUGCCUAUUAAAUGCAUGUGU